AUGACACCCUUGGCAGCACGUCGGAAAAGACCUAUGAUAUUGGCAUGUGACUACCGAUUGCGUCAUCGCAAGAGCCGUGCUCAAGAAUGCCGCGAGGUGUUGGAAGAUCCAGCACAACGUAAUAUAGUGAACAAUGUCAGCUAUAUGGGUGGGAACAUUGGGUACCUUGGCGGCGGAACGAUGAACAUGGACUACUCCUAUGUUGAUCAUGCAGUUUCCCCACAUUAUCAAUUGUGGAAACCACCUGGAACAUACUAUAGCCGAGGAGAAGCACCUCCACCAUAUGAGGAAGCCAUAUCAAUUUCCCACACUGAGUCAUUGGGCUCGUGUACAGUCAGUGUCGCGACAUCUACUGGACGUAGUUUUCCCCUUAACAUCGUGCAGGAGUCGGAUAUGAUAGCUACCAAUAAUAUGAUCAAUAUUAACAUUAACGGUAACCCCAGUGCAUCUAUGGAUAAUGGUACUACAGAACUCACUAAUGUCGGAACACAUAGUGUAGCAACUAUAACCAGCGAAAGGUUAGCGUUAUCUCCUACUUCCGAGACAGAUUUCAAUAGUGCUCGUAAUCAGUCCAUGGUAACAAUCGGAACUGGCAAUGAAAUAGACGAACCUUCGAUUAUGCGUAUUUACAACGGCCAUAAAACGCACAUGGUUCGUUGUGGAGUUAUUAACGACAGAGGAACUCAUUAUAUUGGUAAUGAACUUCUUGCCAGCGGUGAAAAUGGUACCUAUUCCAAUGAUUCAAUUCCUGUUGGAACUACUGAUUUGAGUGUUAGCACAAGAUGUGAAAGCAUCUUAAACACGCAUGCCGAUUUAGCUCAGUCUGGUUCAACAUUUUCAAUCAAUGAGAGAAAUUCCACGAUUGCUUACGAAAAUUCUCAUAAAGAAGAUAUUAAAACCUCGUCAACAUCGCGUAUGGCUAACAACCAGUUCGCAAACGUUAAAAAAUAUCUAGAUAUAUCGAGUUGUAGUCAGAUUGAUGUCGCCGAAGGUGUUGGAAAUUUAAAUUUGGAGUCAUUGUCUUCGAACGUUCCUUCCCAAAUUGUGAUGGAAUCGGUUCCUGUGUCCGUAGUGUUCAAUAAUGACAUGAUGAGCAACAAAGAAAUCAUUACUAAAGAUACCUCUAAUAAUUUCGUAAACAAAUGUCGUUUCUCUGGAAAAACAUACCAUCGUACGAUACCCCGUCAAUUUUCGAUUGUAGACCACACUAUCAGUCCAAAUAAAACAAAACGUAUCAUCACAUCAGUUUCAUCGCCCUCGGCAUUGCAAACAUAUUGUAAUGUAGACACCACAAAAAGAUCUGCACACAUCCCGACCACAUCAGUAAGAAGCACUUUAGCAACAGCUGUUUCAAGCAUUGCGCCAAACCGCAAAGUGUGUCAUUGUCCAGUCCAACACAGGGGUUACCAACCCAUGUUAGUUGGCAUAUCCUCAGUAACAUCUCAGCCAAUGGAAGCGUUUCGUAACCGUCGAAGAUCAUCAGACCUCCAUAGUCACACGCAGCAAGUGAGCGAAAAUCGAAAACAAAAUUCUUCAGACCGUUUAUAUAAUCGCGCAAACAGUCACUCAAACAACUGCAGUGACAAUGAUAGAUAUAGGGAUGAUAACAUUAUUGGGGCAGGAUGUAACCGAACGAAAAGAGUUUCGGAAGGACUUGAAAGCACGUCACAAGCACCUUAUCACGGGAUAGCAUUUUCGAAAACUCGAUCCCAGUUUUCCGAAACGUUUGCACUUGAUGGCUCCGAUAGUGGAAGUAAACCGAGGCAACAACAUCAUAUGGCGCGAGACCAACAGGAAAAGAAUUCCCAUACCGGUGCAGAAGAAUGUAAAACAUCAAUGAUGCGAGAUGACCUUGUGUCUCGUUUAAAUGUUUGUGCCACAGAGAAUGAUAUAUUUUCUGUCCUCGAAAAAUCUCCUACUAUUCCACAACAUUCCCACCACUGGGGUCAACCCGCCACUGGGGUCUACCCACCAAGUAAUCCUAUUCUUCCCCCUAAGGCGAAAAAAUACCAGCUGAAACAGGCCCAAAGGCGUCAGGAGAGAGAUGCAAAAGCUGAAUCCACCUUAAAGGUUCAGCAAAGUUGCGGCUUAGUGAACCAAACAAACAUUUCUAUCAUUGAAGAUUCGGUUACGGUACUUGAAUCCAUCGGUAGUUCCAACAACAAUUCGAGUAACACUAACAAAAAGGAUGAGAGAAAAUUUUCGGCUUGCGUAAAUCAGGAUACAAGCACCAGCAGUACGCUUAAAUUGAACAAUACACCUGGAGUUGCAAACGACUAUUCGAACUCGCUUCCCCGGCAAUAUUUCACUGUUGCUAGGAACUACGACAAAAAAAGGCGCAAAGAUCAAGUAUAUGCACACAGUAAUGUUGCUUUGAAACCGAUUGCUUCUGGUGACUCUUCAUUUACCAAUAAAGUAUAUGGCAGGGCGCAAUAUGAUUGCAACACAUUGCCUAAAAACGUUACCACAACAUACAAAAAAAGCACCGCCAAAAAACCCAGCCUAUUGACGGAAGCAGUAAACCAUAUACCGUCUGUUAUAAACAUUCCAACAUCAUCAGCAUCUUCCUUUGAGAUAAACAUAAAAUCUGUAAAAGCAAAAGCGAUAACCGAUCCUAGCGUUGAAGUAAUCAAACCUCACGCGUUUACACAGUAUCGAUCAACACACCAUACGAAUUUCAAAGACACUGGGCUACCAGUAGGGACCAAUACCAGUAACGAGAUCACAGGUUGUGCUAAUCCAAGAGAGCACGCUUUGCAAAACGAUAAUAGCCUCGACGAGGAUUAUCUCAGCGAAUGCGAAAAUUGCAAAUCAUCUGGAAAUGUGCAUUAUUAUCUGGACGGACAAGAUAACAUGAAGGGAAGUGCACCGAUUCAAGAAACAAUGACAUUGCAACGAAAGAUGCCGGAUACCACCGACGAAGAACAGCAGAACUACUAUCGCGUAUCUUCGACUUUACCAAGUAGCAGUUGCAAGAGAAACACACCUGCUGCCGACAAGGAUCGGGUCGCAUGGUUUUCCACUAUACCUGCCAGUUCAUCUUCCGACGAAGAGGAGGUGUAAAAACAAAGAUAAAAGAUAGUAAAUAUAACUAGACAUAGAAAGAGUAGAGCAGAGCACGUUUAAAUCACGAACAAUACAAAAGUACUGUUAAUUGCAUUAACAUAAUGCAAAAGUGCUGAUUGUAAUAACCGUUUGUUCUACAUGUUCAAUAGUGUGGAUAGACACGAUGUCUGAAUAUCUAAAAAUGCCACUAUCUUUAAAAAUUACCGAGUUUUCAUUGUUGCAAUGGUAAUUUUCAAUGUUCACAUAGAGACAGCAAAAUCGUAUCGAAAUCCGAUUCAAACAACCAAUAACCAUGAGUGACAAGUAAAAACAUUUGAAAUAGCUGGACAAGCAGUUUGCUUUGCACUUUAUGCUGUUUAUUGUCAAUGUUCCAUUUAAAAAAAAUUAUUUAAGGUCAAAGUUCUGUUGGUGUUUAAGCGGCAAACUCCAACACCAAAUAUCAACUCAGUUCUUAACCUUCAAAUUCUAUUGAUAGUAUUAUUUGUGUAAUUCACUUAUCACUGUC